AUGGGAGACCUUAUGAAAAGACAGUUCAGCAUCUUAGAUUUAUCUGGAAAGAAAUUUCUGGAAUGGAAAGUGGACGCAAUGAUGAAUUUGAAAGCUCAAGGCUUGGAGCACACUGUUAAAGAAAAUAAAAGUCCCUCUGGUCAAACAACUGAUGCUACCUCUUCUGCAAUGACGGUUGAAAAACCUAUCACUGAACAAGAUAAGGCAAAAGCCUUAGUGUUGUUAAGGCAUCAUUUACAUGAAGGCCUUAAAACUGAGUACAUGAUGGUUGAAGAUCCCAAAGAAUUAUGGGACUGCCUUAAUGAAAGAUUCGGACACCACAAAAGGGUGCUCCUUCCUAAGGCAUUAUUUGACUGGACAAAUUUACGGUUCCAGGAUUUCAAAUCUGUAAUAGAUUACAAUUCAACCAUACAUGAGAUAGUAUCUAUAUUGAGAUACUGUGAUCAUCCAGUCACCGAUGAACAAAUGAUUGAAAAAACACUCACUACCUUUCAUGCAAGCAACAUACUGUUGCAAGAACAAUAUCGUGAAAGAGGUUUUAAGAAGUUUAAUGAAUUAAUGAGUGUAUUGCUUGUUGCGGAACAAAAUAGCGAUCUUUUGUUGAAAAAUCAUAAUCUCAGACCAACUGGGUCUUUGGCCACUCAUCAUGAGGCAAAUGCAACAAGUUCUUAUCCACUCGAGGCAAAUGCUGCAUGA